UGGGAAAGGUACACAACUAGAUUGUGGUUUCUGUUCCACGCCCUUCAGCACUCCUGCCCUCAGCUCCAACACUCCCAGGAGGAUCACCUGUGUCCCAGUCGCUGGAAGGUGACUACAGCAGCACUGGUCGGGUGAGAAUGACCUAACUGAGCCGCAGAGCACUCUAGGGUGGUGCUCUGGCGCGGGGAUCAUGCUCCUCCCACAACCAGACGCCUGGGGCCCUGAAGGCCGAUCUUUCCCAACCCCACAAGUUCAUCCGGCUUCGGGACAGCACUCCACGAUCCGGCCACGCCGUAAGGGGGAUCUGAAGGCCACCGGCCAUGAGCGCCCCGUUGCGAUCCGGCCGGAGCACCUGGCGGCGGGCAGCCACCGUGGUGCUGGCCGCGGGCUGGAACCGUCCGAGUCCCGGCGCCCCUCAGUCCGCCACCGACGACUUCCGGCUGCUGCUUCUCGAGCGCGCCCCAAACCAGCGCUUCAUGCCAGGCGCGCACGUCUUCCCGGGCGGUGCGCUGGACGCUGCCGACAGCUCGGCCGAUUGGCUGCGACUGUUCGCGCCCCGGCACACACCGUCGCGUUUCGGCCUAGGCCCGGCGCCGCCUCAGCACCCCUCUUUCCCGGGGAUCGUCCACGACAACGCGCACGCCGGGGCGCUGCCUGACGACGUAGCGCUGCGCAUCUGCGCCAUCCGCGAGACCUUCGAGGAGGCUGGGGUGCUGCUGCUGAGGCCGCGGGGCUCGGCGCCGGCUUCUCCAGGGCCCGGCCUGGCGCUGUCGCCUCCGCCGGGCCUGGCCGACUGGCGCUCGCGCGUGCGCAGUGACCCGCGCUGCUUCCUGCAGCUGUGCGAGCACCUGGACUGCACGCCCGACAUCUGGGCUCUGAGCAACUGGGGCGGCUGGCUCACGCCGUACUGGCGUGGCACCCGCCGCUUCGACACCACCUUCCUCCUGUGCUGCCUGCGCGAGACCCCGCCGGUGCAUCCCGACCUGACCGAGGUGGUGGGCUACAAGGCAGUUAUUAGAGAUGGACUCUGUCCUUUUAAGUGGUUGUCUCCAUCAGAGGCAACUGAGUGUUUCCUGUCCAAAAAAAUCUGGCUGGCACCACCACAGUUCUAUGAAAUGAGAAGACUUGAAACUUUCAACUCUCUCUCCGCUCUGUACAGAUUUUCUUCAGAUCACCCUUUAGAAAUAACUGAGAAAUGGCUGCCAAUAAUACUUUUAACUGCUGAUGGCUCCAUCUAUCUUCUCCCAGGAGAUGAGCUGUAUGUGAAAGACUCAGAUUUCUUAGAAAAACCAAUGUCUACUGACAAAAAGACUGAAGAACUCAUGAAGGAAGGCAAAGUAGUUAACCGAAUGGUGAUCCACAGUCUCCACCUCUAUGAAAUCUAUGUGUCUCUGCUGUCCAAGGAUAAGCUCGUGUACCCUAAGAACUACGUAUUGAAUAAGAGCCUGCCUGCCCACUUGUGAGGUGCUCCACUUGUGGGGAUCGACUGAACGUGUCUGAAAUACAAGGACUGUGUCUGUAAAGUUGUGCACUGACAUGUGUCCUGUGUUGUGUGCGUUUGCUUCCUGUCUUCAGACUGCACAAGCCAUGAGGGUACAAUGUAUGAAGUGUUAAGAACCUGGUUACUGGAUAAAUGGCUUCACAAUG